GAGCUUUAUUUUAUUUAUUUGGCCUUAACACAAUUUUAUCUUGGAAGAAAACCCAAAAAGGAGCGUAGACGAACGCAAUUUUUCAUAGCAGAGUUCAGUACUUCACAGACUCCCCUUCAAGCUCUCUCCGUCCCCACGCCCUGAAGAAGUGUACCUAAUGGCCGACGCAGUGAAGGAUCUAAACUCGACGACCUCCACUUCAGAAGAAACCCUAACCCUAAAAUCCCCCAAAUCAAAGCUCCGUUGCAUCGUAAAGCUAGGUGGAGCUGCGAUUACGCACAAAAACGAGCUCGAGAGCAUAAAUGAGGAGAGUCUGGGAACGGUCUGCUCGCAGCUGCGACGGGCAAUGGUGUCUCCGGAGAGUUCGUCGCCGGCGAAGGUGGUCGGAAUGGAUUGGAGCAGGCGAGGUGGGGACCCGAUCGUUUCGGAUGUGGAUGAGCUGAGGGGUUCGGAUUUGGGGUUGGAUAACAGCUUCAUUGUGGUUCACGGAGCAGGUUCUUUUGGCCACUUUCAAGCUAGCAGAUCCGGUGUCCAUAAAGGAGGAUUACAUCUGCCUCUUGUCAAGGCUGGUUUUGUUGCUACUCGAAUUUCUGUGACAUCACUCAACCUUGAAAUUGUGAGAGCUUUAGCACGAGAGGGGAUACCGGCUGUUGGGAUGUCACCAUUUGCUUGUGGAUGGUCAACCCGUGAAAGAAAUAUUGCUUCUGCUGAUGCUUCUCAGAUUGUAGAGGCUCUCCAAGCUGGUUUUGUCCCUGUUUUGCACGGAGAUGCAGUCAUUGAUCACACACUGAGGCAAUUAACUUUACCAGGACUGCACUAUCCUAAGUGGGGAUGUAAUCAUACGUCAUCUUGCUCAGCUACUAAUGCCAGAAUAUGUUGUAUUCCUUAUGUCCUAGGGGUAUAUGAUCGGCCACCAACUGAUCCAAAAGCCAUACUCCUCAGAGAGAUUGCUGUAGGAGAAGACGGAGACUGGUCAAUUGUUAAGCCCACACCAGAUCAUAUGAAAGGAAAAGUUGAGAUUACAGUUGCUGCCCAUGACACAACUGGAGGGAUGGAGACCAAAAUACUAGAAGCUGCUGUGAUUGCUAAACUUGGCGUCGAUGUUUAUAUCACAAAGGCUGGUACAGAUCACUGCCGAAGAGCUUUGAGAGGGGAGGUUCAUGAUAUUCCAGAUGAUUGGCUUGGAACCGUCAUCCGCUCUAAAAGAAAAUGAUGUAUCAAGAAGCUAAUAUAUGCAAGUUUAAUGAGCUGCUGACAUUUGGUUGAUAUCGUUUCAAACAUGUAAUGAGGACAUUUUUUUGCUCUAAAAGUAAAUGAUGUACCGAAACGCUAAUAUACAGUAAGUUUAGUGAGCUGCUCACAUUUGGUUGAUAUCAUUUCAAAUAUGUGAUGAGGAUACCUUUUUGUUUUGGACUUUUAAGGUGGUUCUAAUGGAUUGAUUAAUUGGAUAAUUCUGCCGUUGUUGGGAAUGUAAUUGAUCUUUUUAGCAAAA